CAUCUCCCAGCGAUCCAGGUACCUAGUCACUCGUACCUUGUUGGAUCCUAGUUGUAGAUCGCGCAUCGUGGCUGUCCGCCAAUCAAAACCCUGCCAAGUCCGCAUCUCCGUCUAGAUGUCGUGCAUCAUCGAAGUCAACCGCAAGCCCUCAACAUGUAAGGUACCUAGGCAUCUCCUCAAUGUUGAUCUCUUCACGCGGACCGACGAACAUCAAACACCCAUUUCUCUUGCAUUCCACCUGCUCCUCCACCUGAUUUCUGCCAUCUUCAUCCCGUGGCAUUGAUGUGAGCAAAGCCGCAGCGAUCAGUCUCAACCCUCAAAAAUGGCCUCGCGUGGCGGCAUGUACGCCAAAAUGGCUGCAGUGUAAAGACAUCCCCGUUCAGCAUCGCACUCCCUAGCUGACCGUCGCUCCAGCUUCAUCACCUGCUGCAUAGGCGGCCCUGCGCUGAUGUACUAUGUUACCCCUUCGGAAGGCGAAGUCUUCAAACGCUUCAACCCCGAUCUUCAGAAGCGCAACCUCGAGCUCCGCGACCAGCGAACAAAGGACUACGAGGUCUUCCUCUCCCAGUUGAAGGAGUACAGUAAAUCCGACAAGCCCAUAUGGGAAGCUGCGGCAGAUGCUCAACGCCAAGCGAAGGAACAAUUACUUCAGAAAGAAGCAGAAGACAGAGCACUGCAGCAGAAGAUGAGAGACGAGAUGAGGGCACAAGCCCAUGGCAGAUAGCGGCAAUAUCUCUUUCAGACAUGUACAUGUGGUUGGAGCAUCCGACGACAUGAGCAGUUCGCUGGUCGAGAUUGGCUCACAUGAAAAGGAGAUGAAGAGAGCCAAAAGGUAAAAGGCGAUGCCAGCACCUGGAUUCGGACCAGAGUCUCCCCUGGCCGACAUCCUCAAGGUACAUACUCCUACCAGUCACCCAGCCGCGGAUACGACCUCAUGCAAGGCUGAAGGGUUUUCAGAGGACGAGUGGGACCCUCAUCGGCGGUCGUGCUAUCGCUGCACCAUACCUCCUUUUCCGCGUUCGAUCUUGGGGAGCUUGCCGAAUACAUAUACGAGCAAGACUAUAUCUCAAGCAAGGAACUUGUGAAGAUUCCUUGCGUUUAUUGAACUUCCAGAUCGCGUAUAUGGAGUCGGUAGGGAGUGUACCAACAGAAUCAAUAGAGUCCGGAUCUGGGUAUCAUGGUCAUUGUUAUUUGCCAAUCGUGGCGGUUGCUGAGCAAACCCAGUUCAGCACAUCUAGCUAUUCUGACACAGGAACUUCCAGUCCAAUUCAUGUCGCCGUUGAGGCCCCAGACUCUGAAGGUCGACAUCAUCAAGUGCACUCUCUAUGAACGCCAUCGCUUCGAUGCAGCACCGAUCCCAUUU